AUGCCCCGCGCUGGCGGAGGAGACGGGGGUAGUGGGCCCCAGAGGACAGGAGGGGGUGGCUUCGGAGGAUGGCUGGGUGGCGCUGCAAGAGCCAUGACCGGUGGAGGCAUCGGUGGUGGUGGAUACGUUGUUCUGGGUAGCACCAGAUACGGUCUGCGGAUCUCUCAGGUAUUAACGCUCAGCGAUCGGAAUACAAUUCCUUACGAGUUCAGCAACAACGAAAGCUACAUGAACAACGAAACUCUGCUUUACAAUGUGUCGUUGAACGAAGAUUACAUCUUCGACAGGACCGACGUGAAAGUAAUCUUCAUCACUUUGUACACCAUCGUAUUCGUCUGCUGUUUCUUCGGCUUGCUGAGAUUUAAGAGUACACAGCAAGAAAAAUUUACGAAAUGCGAUCCUCAGAAAGAGUACACAUCAGCAGCACGCACGCCUGUACGUCAUUUUCUUGAGAACUUGCCGCCAGUCAACUCUAGAGAGGAAUCGCAGGAGCGCCGGCGGAAGCGGAACUCGCGCGAGAGCCACUCGCGGGAGCGGCUGACCGAGAGACCGAUGGCGGAAAAGCCGAUCGACGUAGCGGCCAGCAUCGCCGAUUGCUGCUGCAUCGGUCCGCGAUCGCGUCUUCCGCUUCCGCGGGUACCGCCGGCGAUCACCUCCCCUUCGGCCACGUCGUCGAUGCCGACAGCGGCGUCGUCCGCGUCGUCAUCGUCGGCGUCGUCGUCGUCGUGUCCUUCGAUUGUCGCCGGUGGUUAUCCGUCCGGGGGUAUCGCCGACGGCUGCUCGCCGUCUCUUCCUGCUUCUACCACGAGCCUCGCGGAGACGACGCCGACGCUCGCUAAUAAUAGUCGCGGCGCGGUGCAAACAUCGGUGGGGAACAUCGGCAGCACCAGCCAGCAGCCGCAGCAGCAACAGCAGCCACACCACUACCAACAGCCAUAUCCACAAACAGCGGUGGCGGCGGUAACAUCGUCGUACUCGCCACCGACGACGACGCCGUGCUCACCCUCGACGUCGCUCGGCUACUCGCCCGGCGUCCCGACGACGACGCAGACCGUCUCCGUACCGCGGCAGCUCGCGCAGUGGACGAAGCAGACGCUCAAGCUGCAGGAACCAGCAGUGAUAGCGGUGGACCGAUUGCACAGGUUUCGGUGGAGCGGGGGCGGAGGAGGAAGUGGCAAGAAGUCCUCUUCCGGCCCCCGCAGCGAGAAGGCUGAGCGCCUUCGUGAGCUUACCGAGAAACUCAAGGGACCAGCACCGGUUCCGCCACCCAGAAGACCGUCGCGAGUUCAGGCUUCCUCUCCUCCUCCAAGCGGAUACCAGCCGUCGUCUCAAAAUUAUCCACAGACGGGCUCGAAUCCAAGUUGCGGCCGUUACGAGGGUCGCUCAUCUCAUCGCAGCUAUACGUACAGCGAGGGCAGCCAACAUGGUAAUAACAAUCAGCAGUCUCAGCAGCAUCAACAUCAGCAGCAGCAGCAGCAGCAGCAAGAAAAUUCGAAGACGAUGGUCCGCAGUGAGAGUGUCAGUGAAGAGUGUCUCAGUGAUCGUUCGGGAAACAACAUAUACCGGAAGCCCUGCCACGACUCGAGGAAGACCUCGAGAUCAGGCAGACCGGAGAGAAACAGUGAUGACGUCAGUGACCUCAGGAGCAAACCGAAUGCCAGUGCGGAGGCGGCGAAACACUUGAGACAGUACAGUGAUUCCGUGGUGGACAGUGCUACGAGUGUGGACGAUUUGUGCGAUAACCUGAACGCCGCUUCCGUUGGCGGCAACGAGGGGGAGGCCCGGGAUGCCAUCACUAGGCUGGAGCCGCGUGGGCUGCUCGCCUUUCACAGGUCCGGCGCGCCCUAUAGGAGUGCCUCCUUCGGCCAGGUGGACUUUAAUCAAGAUGCAGAUUUUACUUUCAGCGCAAACUCGCACUUUCCUCCUUCAGCGAAUCGACAGAAAACCCAGCCGAUCGUAACGUCUAAUCGCUCCGAGACCAAAGACGUUCGUGCGAGCACAUUACCUCGUCGUCGGGGUGAUGUCACCCCAGGUAGCUCGACACCUCAAAACAGCCCCAACCGACAGAGUCCGAGGACGUCGACGCCCAGCGUCGACAGCGCCGUCGGCUCUGCCGAGGGUCUGGGUGUUUCUCAGCAAGGGAACCACGAGGAGAUCCGACCCAGAAGCGAUGGCUCAGACAGUCUGGCAACUUCCAGCGCACUCACCAGCCCGGAACCACUAGUUCCGGAGACGAAUCAGCUGGAGCCGAGGGUUGAUCUGGUGCAAACAGAUGCGCCCACUGCUGAACUCGUUGGCCACGAGUCCGUGUAUCCUGUCAUCGAAGGAAACAUCGUGGAGGAGACCAUUCAGAAAGAGACCAGGAUAGAGCCGCACGAGGUGAUCAUCACACCACCCCCGGAGGAGCCGCGAUUGAGUCAAGCGAGCGAAGGUAGCGAGGCGCCGAGCGAGACGCCCUCGGAGGCGUCCUCGCCAUCCGGCAAGGCGAGACGAUACCGGGGCGACACCAGCAAGAGGAGGAAGGGCGUGUACAUAACUCAAUGGCCAGAGCCCUUGGACGCGGACAGGAACAAGCUGUCGGCUCAGAGCAGCGAAGAGAGAGACGAGCCACCUGCGACGCCCAGCGACCUGUCCGACUGCGAGGGCCACACGCCUCGAAGGUAUAGCAAGAGGCCCCUCCGCGGGCCCUACGGGCAGAUGCUCGAGGCCGAGAUGGCGAAACCGCGCACCACCGAUAUCGCGCUCGAGGAAGGUCUUCGUCCCCGCAGAAAGAUCUCCGCAAAUCUCUCGUACAACGCGAGCAGCAACAACAGCGGCUCCGAGCCGCCCACGCCCUGCCACCAUCGGACGACCUCCAGCCCGACCAAACUCGAGGGACUUCCGGGACCGAGUCCGGAGCUGCUCGCGGAGCUGCUGAGAGGGUCCUCGGAGAGGGUGGCUCGCGCACCGGCGCAUCGAAACGACACGAGGACUCACGUGGUUGUGGAGCUUUACGAUACGGAACGAUCCUACGUAGAGGCGCUACAAAUACUAGUCAAUAAAUACUUACAGCCCCUGAAAAGCCCCGAGAAUGCCGGUCUGGUAGAUGCUGGAACAGUCGACGAGAUAUUUUAUCAAAUUCCUGCGCUUCUCAGUCAUCACGAGGUAUUCUUGGAGGAGUUGCGUAGGCGACUGGACACCUGGGAACUCAAGCAGACGAUCGGCGACGUCUUCCUCGAUGUGUUCACGAAGCCGGUGGUGCUGGAGACAUACACCCUGUUUCUGGACAAUUGGAAGUCUGCGAGGAAGGCGAUAAAAACAACGUGCCAAGCGAAGCCGGCCUUCGCACGAUUUCUCGAGACAAUGGAACGCGAGCACAAGGGUAAACUGGGGCUGGACCAGCUGCUGAUCAAACCCGUGCAGAAGAUCCCGCGGUACGAAUUGUUGAUCCAGAGGUUGCUAAAGCACACGGAUCCGACGCAUCCCGAUUACGAGCUGCUGCAGGCCGCGCAGAAGGAAGUGCACGAGCUGGUCGUGAAGAUCAACUGCACGGAAAGGGAGUCGCUCGAAUGGGAACAGCAGCAGACGACGCUGAGGGAAGUCCAGGCUCUCGUCGAAGGUCUCGCCGGCAUCGUGACGAACGACAGAGCUUUCGUCCGACACGAUCUGGUCACCAUAGUGUCGAAUCAGGGCACACGGAAGGAACGGGCUUUAUUUUUGUUCUCCGAUCUCCUCGUCAUCACCAGCAUCAAGCGCAGAAGCGGCACCAUAAGAAAACCGUCAACAAGCACGUGUCCGAACAGUCUGGUCGGUCUGCUUGACGCGAACAAGUACAAAAUGCUGAUGCGAAUCUCACUGGAUGAUCUCGAAGUGAUGAAAGCCAAAGACGAGAAUUUAAGGCGAAUGGCGCGCGAAGUGGACUAUCUCCGAGAAGACUGCACAAAGUUGACUCAGCUGCAGGAGCUCGCCGCGACUUUGCAUGGUGCCAAGCAGCAGUUGGAAGACCUUAUCAAGGAUAUGCUGAGUCAAGCCCAACGGCAAUUGGCCGAAAGAAACGCGGCGCAUUCGCAGUUGGCCUGCUUGGAACUUACACUCAAUACUCAAGCCGGAAUCGAGAACAUAUCCGUCAUGUUCGCGAAGCCGGACAAGCGUGCGAGCUGGGAGGAGAGUUUCAAUGAAGCCAAACAGAAGCUCGCGCUAUCGGCCGACAGGAGACCGUGUCCUGAAUUUGUGGGGCCUCUGCCCAUCAGAAAAACGCGAGCGGGCCUACAGUUUACUUGCGCGGCGCCGACAUUGGCGAACGGGCAGGGAUCGAAGGACGUCUGGGUCUGCAACAGCGACGGUUACGUCGGUCAGGUAUGCGUGCUAAGCCUGAGCCCGGAACCGCCGCAAGUAACGUCGUGCAACGGAGUUUGUAACGCUAGGAUACUCUGCGUCGCUGGAAUACCCGCUUGCACGCCUGGUUCAAACUCGUGCACGUCGAACAACAGUCCAUUCGUUAACAGCAAGAGCGGUAUAAGCAUAUCGGUGCAAGACGUGGAUGCCAGCGGCGGUAACAUACAGUUAGACAGUAGCUCGAGCUCCGACGAUUCGGACUCGGACGACAUUCCAAACGCAGACACGGGCAGCGUGACGCUGAGCGGCGACGUAUCAAGUAUCGACAAUACUACCACGGAGGAGGAUACGAAUCAGCCCACGAUGUGGUUGGGAACCGAGGACGGUUGUAUCCAUGUGUAUAACUGCAACGACAACAUUCGGAUUAAGAAAAACAAAGUCAAGAUCCAGCACGGCAGCAGCGUGCAUUGCAUCAUAUACUUGGAUAACAAGGUGUUUGUCUCUCUUGCCAACGGGGACAUCACCGUUUACGUUCGGGACCAUACUGGUGGAUGGAACACUCAGGAUCCAACGACGGUGUCCGUCGGGACGGUAGCAUCACCGGUGACCAAAAUGCUGUCUGUCUCCGGGAAACUCUGGUGCGGGUGUCACAACAGUAUUAAAGUUCUGAAUACCCACACUCUGGAUAUCGAACACACGUUUACCGUGAGCAGCGACACGAGCCGCGCCGUUUCAUGUAUGGCGAACUCUGGAGGUUUAAGCGUUUGGAUUUCCUUACACAAUAGCGCUGUGCUGAGGCUUUUCCAUUCCGGUACAUACGAGUGCCUAGCUGAUAUCAACAUCGCGCCAGCUGUUACCAAGAUGCUUGCCAGUUGCGAUGACAUAAUUCGGCAGCACAAGGCCGCGUGUCUCAGGGUCACCGCACUAUUGGCUUGCAACGAGUUGCUUUGGAUCGGCACGAGCGCCGGCGUGCUGCUCACCGUGCCAAUUCCCCAUAUAAAGCCAUCCACUCAGAGGAUGUCGCAGCCGCCGAUCGUGACUGGAAUUCCUCACGGACACACAGGACAUGUGCGUUUUCUCACCUGUGUGGAAACACCACAUCCCUCGAAACCAGAACCUCGCCCGAAGGUGAAUCGUUAUUCAUUGAAGUCGAAUAAAACGCAACAGAACAACAUCAAUCGCGCCAAACUCCUGGUGAUAUCCGGCGGUGACGGUUACGAGGAUUUCCGCGGACCUCAAGCUUCCGCUGAGCUGCAGGCUGGUCGCGAGGACUCCACGAAUCAUCUACUGCUGUGGAAAGUGUGAUACGAUGUAACACGACCCCAGUAACCACUUUACUUCUUGAUAGUAUGCAAGGGUUGCGAUAAACAAGAAUCGGCAUGACACGCCGUGGGAAUCGUUGUUGUACGCGCAGCACGUAGACGGACGUCGUCGCCGUCUGUUCGUGGCCGAUUAGGACGCGCGCCGGGUUUUUAUGGGAACGCGGAAGGGUUCUCUGGCUGGUGUUAACUAAGUGGAUCAAGGGCAAGAUGCGGGAGCUGCACUACUCUCAAGACGUAAGGAAGUAUCGACUGCAGCUCGCGCGGUAGUCCGACCAAUCGAGGACGGUCACGUAGACCUGACUCCAUCAUCGUUGUGCAAUUUCUAGUGGAUCUGCUAUUUCUGACCAUGAUCAGUCACGUCGGUCUGAUGUAAAAUGGUUUACCAAACAACACGAGUGCUCGAUGACCGUAGAUGUUUUCUUACUUUCUCGAAUAUAUGUAUAUCUGAAAUUAAAAUAUGUGUUAAAACAUUAAAAUAUUAAUGUAUAAAUAACACACAGUUAUGUGAUAUAUAGAGUUGAAACGUUUGAAGUAUUUUUCCUUGUAAAUUGUUGAAUUGAUAUUUGCGAAAUCUAUAUGCAUUCUAAACAGUUCAUUUCUCUGUGGAUUGAGCGUUCUCUUGGUAAAUCAUUUAAUGUCAGACGAAUCGCGGGAUCGAAUUUUAUGUUGGAAAUGGUAGGAUCUGAUCCUUGUUGUGAUUCUCGAUGUCGAUGUAUAUUCGUUAUAUACAUGAAGACAUUGUCUCGAAAACACGUGGUUCAUACAUUAAGCCAACAUAUUUCAAAACAAUAUAGCAGAUCCAAAAAACAUCCGUAAGAUUUUUAUAAGAAUGUCUACGAGACCUAUAAGAAUGAAACCUCUUUUAAGUGUCUUUACGGAUACUUUUUAGAUGUUUGUGUCAUUCGGAUUUGAUCCGUGUGUUUUCUUUUAGUUACACUUUCUAAUAUUUUACACGUUUAAAAUAAGACAAAAACAUAUAAUCAAAAUUUUAAAAAGAAGACUAUUAGGAAAAAAUUAUCGAAAAAUGUAGAAAGUGUAACUAAAUAAAACAGAUCUUCCAUUUUAGACCAGAUUAUGAUUAGGUAAAAACUAUCGAUGUUGAAAAAUCGAUGGGACACAGUACCUGGACGUUAAAUCAAGCUUAUAUAUGUGUAUGUACAUGUAUCAAGUCUGGCCUACAAUCAAUUAACAGAGAUCUAUAUUUCUUACAAAUACUAAAAGUGUCAAAAAGAAAAAAAAAGAGAAAAAAAGAGGAGAAUUUUGCUCCAUGUUCGUCGACUGCGAAAGUACUUUGUUAUUUCCAGUACGUGGUAUAAUGUAACUCGAUGUGUUCGUGUUAAUUGUUUAAGAGUCUAUCGAGUUUGUGUACAUCAAGUGCGUAGAGGUUCAAAAUAGACGGAUUUAUUUAUUUGAAGAAGACGGGGGAAUAAAGAGAAAUUUGAAGGUUUCGCGUAUUAGAGGUAAUUGUUUGUAUUUUCUCCGCGCGCGUAUGAAGGUGUAUGUAUGUAUGUGCGUACAUGUGGACUUCAUUAUCUUCUAAUUAAAACUACAAGUCGGUAUAAAAAAACAAAUUUACAAUUGCAAGCCAAUAGAAGUGCCAAUAAUUAUUCUGUCACGAGAUUGCCAUCAUGUAUGUACGCCUCUUUCUUUUCUUUAUGUGCUAUUUAUAGGAAAAUGAUUAUUCCAAUAUUGGAAAUCUGUUAUAAAUUCUACAAACUGUGAUAGAUGUUUAAAGGCGAUUGUAUUUUCAAAAAUUGGCUUCUAAUAUUUGAUUAAACAAAAUUAUAUUGAAUUGCAGAAUCUUUGAUAACAAAGAGUCUUUAAUUAACAACUUCCUUUUGGAUAUAAUUACUUGUCUAUUUUUUUAAUUGUUUAAUAAUUAUCACACAAUUUAUAAUGAGAAAAAUAUGAAAUUAAUAAUUCAAGAAAUUUUAAAAAAGGAUCGCGCAUCACUGCUUUAUGAAUUUGGUCGUUUAUAUUCUUCGUACUUUGCAAUCAAUAUCGUGCUGAAUAAUAAAAUAAUUUAAAAUCAUAAUUCAUUCAAGAUGGAUUUGAUGAACCUGAGGCUCAUAUAAUAAUAAUAAUAAAUCACGCGACAAUUUAUAAUUAUAAAUUAUUAAUUGUGAAAGCGUUUAAAUGCACUGCUAUUUUGGCAAAUGAUUUAAAUAAUUAACUGUUUAUUAAACAUACAAUACUUGACAAUAAUUAAUUGAUAAUGAAUCUGGAAGUAACUGUAUACGAGACUAACCAAAAUCCUAUUGUAUGUAGUCAUUAGUGUUUUUUGACAUCCUUUGUUGUCAUAAAAACGCGAUUAAUGCAACGGCCAAAUAAUUAUUCUGAUUUCCUGUGAACGCAGUGACUUAUACAAUGAUUUGAUUAUGAUUCAAGUGAGAAGAGUACAACAGAUCUAUAAAUUGAGUAAAAUCGCUAUUGCAGAUAUUGUGUUAAACGUAAAAUUGUUAUUACAUAACACAAUUUUGGUUUUUAUUAUUAUUUCAUUACAUUUAAAAUAAACAGAUUUUUUUAGAUUAAAAAAAUGGUAUUUUUAUGAUCGUUUUUUAUGCAAUUACACAGUCUUUCCAUUCUGCUAUUCGCCAAUUCUAUUUAAUGUAAAUAUGCCAUUGUAAUGUUAAAACUAGAAUUUUGAAUGCACUUAUUUAUUGCAUAAAAACGAUAUUUUGUAAGAAAGAUAUUAUGAAAUUAUAUAUAAAUUUUUUGUGAACUUAAUACAAACAAAAAUAUAUAUACUUGUACGUUUAUGAAUGAUAUGAAUGGUAAGAAAAAUUGAGUGUAAUUUCGGUCUCCAAGGAAUAAUCGAGCUUCAAAAUAUGCAGAACGUAACAAACAUCGCGGAAAGUGAGAAAAAAUAUAUAAUAAUUGUGUUUCUAACUAUAAUUUAAAUUAUCAAAGCACUAUAUUGAAAAACAUUAUUCUUUUCAAUAUAUCGAUUUUGAAAAUUAAAUGAAACAAAAAAUGUUCUUGAUUAAAAGCAAUUACAUCUCACUGCAAAUCAUAGUUUUAAUGUAUAUAAUGUUUUAGCUUAGUUUAUUAUAUUUAUGCGAAUAUUUAUUUCUUCUCUUAUAUGCAGUUUCAAAUAAAUUACAAUAUACACUUAUAUUAGCGCAAUCACAAUCAUCUCUACAAGCGAAUGUUACAUUCUGCAUAUACGCAAAAUGUAUACAAAUUUUAAUUAAACUUGCAUUUGAGAUGUGUAUAUUUCUUUCGAAUAACUCGACAUUUCGACGAUGAGUAACUUAAAUUAUUUUCGACAUAGUCGGUGGUUAAUGGUGAGUCAUCCUGCCGACGUGAUUGUACUUAUAGUACAUAUGCGUAUAAUUUCAUUCGAUCCUUGAUUUAUCUCACGCUGCGCCUCGCUGCACUUUCAUUACAAUGUAUCGAUUAGCGCGACGUGACGAUAUUUAAGAUUCUGCACAGAGAGUGCGAAGUGUAUGCGUCCUAUUCUUGGGUUUUUUUUUUGUACACGAGAAUAUUUGUGGGCGUAUGUCUGUCCUGGAGAACGGAAGGUGAGUCGUGAUCUAGGUAAUUUCGGAUUAACGUUUAUUUGAAAGAAUUGUUAAACGCCCGCGCAAACGCUAUACGCGACAUUGCUCGGCGCGUACGCAAAAUACAUUAACAUAUGUAUGUAUGAUAUUAUGUACAAAUAACUUGAUAUUCGUUUAAAAUAAAGUCGUUUACAAAUA